AUGGCCGACUCCGAAGAGGUCCCCAUCCCCCAGGUCCCUGGCCUGCCAAUCAUUGGCAACAUGAACGACUUCGAUGUCGCCUAUCCUCUUGGCUCCAUCAUUCACAUGGCCGAGACUUAUGGCUCCAUCUUCAGAUAUGUCCUCGCUGGCCAACCACGCAUCGUCGUGAGCAGCCAAGCAUUGGUGAAUGAGGUUUGCGACGAGAAGAGGUUUAUGAAAAAGGUGGCGGCCGGUCUGGAACAGGUCCGCAACGGCAUUCACGAUGGCCUGUUUACCGCCUACGGCCCGCACGAGAAGAACUGGGGCAUUGCCCACCGCAUCCUCAUCCCGGCCUUUGGCCCGCUCUCCAUCCGCGGCAUGUUCGACGAGAUGCACGACAUCGCGAGCCAGCUGGUCCUGAAGUUCGCGAGACACGGGCCCAAUCACCUCAUCGAGGUCACCGAGGAUUUCACGAGGCUGACCCUGGACACCCUGGCCCUGUGCGCCAUGGACUACCGUUUCAACUCCUUCUAUUCCGCUGAGAUGCACCCCUUCGUCCAGGCCAUGGUCGACUUCCUCAUCGAGUCUGGCAACCGGUCAAGGAGACCGGCCAUUGCCCAGUCCUUCUACCGCGCCGCCCAGUACAAGUACGACGCCGACAUCUCCAUCCUCCAAAAGACCGGCCAGGACGUCAUUGAUGCACGGAGGAAGAACCCAACCGUGAAAAAGGAUUUGCUGAACUACAUGCUUGACGGCCGCGAUCCCAAGACUGGUGAAGGCCUCAGCGAUUCCAGCAUCAUCGACAACAUGAUCACUUUCCUCAUUGCCGGCCACGAGACCACCUCUGGCAUGCUCUCCUUCACCUUCCACUACCUCCUCAAGAACCCCCAGUCUUAUGCCAAGGCCCAGCAGGAGGUUGACACCGUCAUUGGCCAGGGUCCCAUCACCGUCGAGCACAUGUCCAAGUUGCCCUACAUCAAUGCUGUCCUUCGUGAGGCCCUCCGCUUGAACCCUACAGCGCCUAUGAUCACAGUGGCGCCAGAAAAGGACCAAGUGAUUGGUGGCAAGUACCGCAUUCCGGCUGAUGAGCCAGUCAACCUUUUGCUUCAUACCCUCCACCGCGAUCCCAAGGUUUGGGGCGAGAAUGCAGAGCAGUGGGACCCGGACAGGAUGUUGGAUGAAAACUUCAACAGAAUUCAGAAGGAGUUCCCCAACUCUUGGAAGCCUUUCGGUAAUGGCAUGCGUGCUUGUAUUGGUCGGCCUUUCGCCUGGCAGGAAGCAGUCCUGGUCGUCGCCAUUCUACUCCAGAACUUCAACUUCGUCGCCGAAGAUCCGUCAUACUCGCUCAGCUUCAAGCAGUCUCUCACCAUCAAGCCAAAGGACUUCCGCAUGCGCGCCAUCUUGCGCAAUGGCCGCAACCCGACUACUCUUGAGCACCAAUUGGCUGCCGGCGCUGCCAGAGAGCGUGCCACGUCCGAAGCCGCCAAGCCCAGCAAGCAGGCCGAGUCCCAGAAUGGUGUUCCCUUCUCCAUUUACUACGGCUCCAACACGGGAACCUGUGAGGCGCUUGCUCGUAGGCUUGCCAGUGAUGCCGCCGCCCAUGGCUUCCGCGUCGCGACGAUCGACUCGUUGGAUUCUGCCAAGGAGAAUCUUCCCAAGGACCAGCCUGUUGCAAUCGUGACGGCAUCGUAUGAGGGCCAGCCGGCUGACAACGCGGCGCACUUUGUUGCCUGGAUGGAGAGUUUGAAGGGCAACGAGCUCGACGGCGUGAACUACACCGUCUUCGGAUGCGGCCACCACGACUGGGCUGCCACUUUCCACCGCAUCCCCAACCUUGUAAACGAGGUCCUCGAGCAGCGUGGUGCAAAGCGUGUUGCUCCUUUGGGCACGGCUGAUGCUGGCCAGGGUGACAUCUUCUCUGAUUUCGAGAAAUGGGAGGAUGAGUCGUUCUGGCCGGCGAUGAAGGAGAAGUUCAACGCAGCCGGAGCCACCGACGCCCCGCUGUUUGAGCAGCUCGAGGUUCAAGUCUCUGCUCCCCGCGCCUCGCUUUUGAAGCAGGAAGUCAAGGAGGCUCGCGUCGUCGAGGCCAAGGUCCUUUCUCAUCCCGACGUGCCGGAGAAGCGCCACAUCGAGAUCCAGCUUCCCUCGGACAUGACAUACUCGGUGGGCGACUACCUCGCCAUCUUGCCGCUCAACCCCAAGGCGAAUGUUGCCCGCGCGAUGCGCUAUUUCGGUCUCGCUUGGGACAGCAUGGUCACCAUCUCGGCCGCAGGACCCACAACCUUGCCCACUGGCAUGCCUGUUUCGGCUGCUGAUCUCUUCGGCGCGUACGUCGAGCUCGCGCAGCCCGCCAGCAAGCGCACCAUCACUACUCUCAUCGGUGCGACCAAGGACGAAGAAGCCAUCGCCGCCCUGACCAAGCUCGCCGGCGAGAACUUCGACACCGAAGUCAUCACCAAGCGCUUGUCCGUCCUCGACAUCCUGGAGCGCUUCACCUCCAUCACCCUCCCGUUGCCCUCCUUCCUCCAGUUGCAGCCACCGAUGCGCGUCCGUCAGUACUCUAUCUCGUCGUCGCCACUGUCCAACCCAAGUCGCGUCACGCUGACCUACGCCGUCCUCGACCAACCAUCCCUCGCGGCGCCCGACCAGCACCGCCACAUCGGCGUAGCUUCCUCUUAUCUCUCUCACCUCGAAGCCGGCGAUGCUUUGCACGUCAGCGUCCGCCCCUCGUCUCAGGCCUUCCGCCUCCCCGCCGACCCGGAGGUGACGCCCAUCAUCAUGGUCGCCGCCGGCACCGGCCUUGCCCCCUUCCGGGGUUUCGUCCAGGAGCGUGCAGCGCAGAUCGGGGCCGGUCGCAAACUCGCGCCCGCCCUGCUUUUCUACGGCUGCCGUGCUCCCGGCAAAGACGAUCUCUACAAGGAGCUCUUCGACGAGUGGGAGGCCAGGGGCGUGGUGCAGGUGCGCCGCGCGUACAGCCGUGCCAAGGACCAGAGCGGCGGCUGCGGCUACGUCCAGGAGCGCUUAUGGCAGGACAGGAAGGAGGUGGUUGAGUUGUUCGAUGCGGGGGCGAAGGUCUACGUCUGCGGCAGCGCCACGAUCGGACAGGCUGUGAGCAAGGUGUGCUGCGAGAUUACGCUCGAGAGGCAGCAGGAGCUGGGUAACGAUACGAACAUGGAGAGGGUGGUGAAGUGGUUCGAGACGAUCAGGAAUGACCGGUUUGCAACGGAUGUGUUUGCUUAG